AUGGUUUUUCCGAAAAUGAGGAUGGAUUGCGCUAGGCGCAGGAAAUACGCAUUGUUUGCUUGUGGAAUGCACACUUUUGCCGCAUUUUGCUUAUUCGUUAGCGAGGCUAAUUACUUAUUGAUGCUACCAUUACUAGUGCGUGGUAUAACACGAUUCUUUGUUCAUGGAAGGGCAGUGAAUUACUUGCUCGGCAUCCAACCAUUUGUUGCAAGCGUACUGCAAGCACUAAUGCUCGCGCUUCACGUCUAUUCGAUUGUUGCCUUUGCGGAGCAACGCGAGUCCUAUUCAAGGUGGAAACCAAGAUAUUUGUUGUUCGUCACUCUGCUAUAUUCACAAGUCACUUAUACAAGCUAUUAUGCGGUCGCUGAAUGUGAAGUCCUGGAUGCAACAGCCACACUUCCAGCAUGGAUUCUGCCUUUCCCCAGACCCUACCCGAGAGACCUUAUCCAAUUCGUCACACUGCUAUAUUCACAAGUCACUUAUACAAGCUAUUAUGCGGUCGCUGAAUGUGAAGUCCUGGAUGCAACAGCCACACUUCCAGCAUGGAUUCUGCCUUUCCCCAGACCCUACCCGAGAGACCUUAUCCAAAACUGCAUAGUAUAA